CAGGAUGAGGUUUCUGGUGAAGCGAUGGCAGAGAGCAGCUGGAGGAACCGUGGCGGUCAGCAGAAACGGCAUCUCUCAGAUCACAGGUGCUGAUGUGAGGAACGAGUCGUCGUAUCUUCACCCCGGCGGUGUGGACGUGUUCAGAGAGAGACGAGCGUCCAGCCGAGGACGCACAGGACGAGACUCUCCUCGCUCCGCAGCAUUGCUCCAGCACAGGUUUCACACGAUGGCCGGUGAUGCCGGAGGUUUACCGUGUUCACACCUGCAGAACUACGACCCGGACCGCGCUCUCACGGACUACAUCUCCCGUCUGGAGGCUCUUCAGAGACGGCUGGGGAGUGUGACGACAGGUUCCUCUUCGUACGCUCAAUUGCACUUUGGAGUCAGAAGAUGAAGGUCUACAUUUACAUUGAAACUGGCUUGAAGAAUCUCAGUUGCCUUCUCUUGUGCUGAGCUGCUGUGCUUUUGUAUUCUGAUGAUAAACCUGUACAAUUCUGUGGGACCAAAACCAUGUUUGUUUUCUGUCUUUUGUGUGUGUGUGUGUGUGUGUGAGAAUCAUCUUAUAAUCAAGCUUUCGUUGGCAGCACUUGAAACGGCUUCAACGUCUGUACAUUAGUUCUACUUUAUUACAAUCACGUUACUAUAUAUUUGUGGAAUGCUAAUUUAAGUUGAUUAAUUUAAUGGAGACGUGUUGAGAGAGUUUGGACCAGGACGGCUGCUAUCGGACUCUGGAUAACACGAGGCUUUACUCGUCACAAACACUAACGAGGCUCGUUAAGGCUUUGUUCGGGCUGUAACGUGUUGGUGUUAUCAGAUACUCUACACUGUGUUUAAUUCGCUCGCUCCCGUGGAAAGACAACAGAGGACAUUUGUAGAAGACAUAUUUUUGUAAAGGUUGGAGCGUCUGGGUAUUUUGUCAAAACUCAAAUAAAGAUUAAUAUAAUAUUUAAAAACUA